AUACCUUUUAAAUUUUUCACUCCACUCAUAUCCACCAAUCAAUGCUGAAACUCAAGACAUCCUAACAAACCAAAAAUUAAGCACCCAAGCCUGAGGUAAACUUUAAUUUCAUUCUUAGAAUACCAAAAUUGUUAAGAAGGAUGACCCAAAGACUUCUAAUGAUCAUGAUGAUGAAUAAGAAGAAACCAAUCUAGUUGAGGUAGCCAAAAAACCAGAAAAAAAGUAUCUCAUCAAUUUCAUUUCUAGAUAACCCAUUAUCUAACAAAAUACAAAUGAUGGUUGGUAGCAAUCAGAUGAUCCUAAAGACCUUCCAACUAAUGGUAUUGGAAAGAAGCCGACUGCCUCAUAUAAAAAGCAGGAUGAGACUGCCGUUGAAAUACGCAAUGAAGAGUUUCCCGAUAUUGCUUCUGUGGAUGAUAUGUCAAAACCAUCUAAAAAGUAAAAAAAAAUGAAUCAACAACCAAAAUAAGACUAACCAAUCUAGCCUGCCACUAAUAAUACAGGGCUAUUCACCAAUUCUAGUUCUAAACCACAAACCUAAACAACAAAUAAUGUUUAAACUAAAAAUACACAAUCAAACUCUAAUUCUGGAUCUCUAACAUUCACAAAUACAAAAAAGUCCGAAAACACAGCCUAUUUCUAAUAGCAACAAUAAGAAUAAAUUAAAAAAAUACAAUAAGAACCAGCACCCUAGGUAUAACCACAAAUUUAAGAAACAUAAAAAUCUAACCCACCUUAAAGAUAAGUCAAUUUAUCAAGAAAUACAAAUGUAGCACCCCCAUAAGCUCCCAUUGAGUCAGUGAAGCAAGUGAAAGUCGAAGAAUCUAUCCCCACUUUCACCAACUCUAAAGCUAAGGUAUUUAUUCUUCUUAUUUAAGGGCAAUCCACCAGUAGUCUCAUAAUAAGAAUAAUAAAAAUAGUAAUAGCAAUAGCAAUAAUAAUAGUAACAAUAAUAAUAAUAAUAAAAUAAUGAGGAUGAAGACAGCGAUGGUUGGGAGACUGUAGAAAAGAAAAGAAAAUCUAAAGGAACAUUUUAAAGAAAUUAAUAAAAAGCAUGAUGAAACAAUUUAAAUAAAAU